CUAAGCGCAGUUUGGGCUACAGCGAUCUAGCCUACAGUGGGCUAUACGGCAGCGGCGGUUUGGGAUUGAAUGGUCUGCAUGGUAGCUCUUUGGGCUAUAGCGGCCUCCACGGUGGCUCCCUUGGCUACAGCGGCCUUCACGGUAGCUCGCUAGGCUACAGCGGCCUCACCGGUAGCUCCUUAGGCUACACUGGCCUGCAUGGUACCUCCCUGGGCUACAGCAGUGGGCUUCAUGGCAGCAGCCUCAUUGAUAGUAGCAGCCUGCUUCAUGGUGCCAGCACAUAUGGAACUGCUGGUCUAGGUUUGGGUGGCGUGUAUGGCGGUGCUGCUCUAGAUGGUGGUGUCUACAAAAGUAGUGCUAUUGGCACUGGUAGCUUAUAUGCUGGAGGAUUAGGAUAUGGAUACGGAUAUGGAGCUGCUGUCGGCCAAGCUCGUGUCAUUGGACGACAUUCACAAGAAGUAGCUCGUCACACCAUCCACGACGUCGUCAACAAAAUUGAAGUCGGAGUACCUCAUGCAGUACCAGUACCAGUUGAAAGGACUGUCCAGGCCAGUACCAGUCCAAGUUCGCAUCAACGUACCAACGCCGGUAGAACGCCCAGUGCCAAUCCACGUUCCUCACCCAGUACCUCAGCCUUACCAAGUAAGGGUACCAACUCCUGUUGAAAGGCCUGUCCCAGUGCACAUCACCAGGACCGUAGCAGUACCUGUUGAAAAGCCAGUAUACGUACGAGUACCAGAAGCAGUUCAGGUGCCAGUAUCUCAGCCCUACCCUGUUCCUGUAUCGAAGCCGGUACCCGUACAUGUUCCAGAGCCUGUCGUAGUUAAGGUCCCAGAAGUCGUGAACCUCCACCACCAAAUUUCUGCUGGACCUGUACUUUCCUCCGGAGCAACCUUCGCGACCCACCCGAGCACCUCUUUCGGUGUGUCCGCAAUUCAUGGCGGAGUGGUCUCUGCUCCAGCCGUGUCUACCGGAAUUGUAGACUCCGGUUUGAUCAGCAGCGGCUUCGCACAUGAUGGUCACCUUUCUUCCGGGUAUGGAUAUGGAUCCGGUUUUGCAGGAGCAGUAGGCGGCGAGACUUUCAACACUGGCUCCUUGAGGACUGAUCUGGGAAGUACUGCUGCGUUUGGCACUGGAAUCCACUCAGGAAAUGAGUUUUCCGGUUUUGCAGGAGCAGUAGGCGGUGAGACUUUCAAUACUGGCGCCUUGAGGACUGAUCUGGGAAGUACUGCUGCGUUUGGUACUGGAAUCCACUCAGGUGCUGUCGUUAAAUCUGGUUUUGGCACCUCGUCAGGACUUAUCGGCGGAGAAUGGGCAACAUCAGGUGCUGUCAGCGGCGUUCAUGAUUUUGGAAACAGCUACGGAUAUGGUGGCCUGCACAACAUCUUCGCCAGAGGAACCAAGAGUGACAAAAAAACAUCCAACAAAGCUCAAGCGAAAAAUUAAGUAGAAGACUGUGAUGGUAUCGUAUACAUCGGGACCCAUUUAGUAUGACAUGUUAUUUUAUAACAUUCUGUCAGUGUACAACCAAACUGUGACUGCAUUCAACUCCACGUGUAUAAACCAUAAUAAACUUAAGGUUCUAAGUAUA